AUGGGUGCCACCGGCACAUACAUGCGGAGUAUCAUCAUGCCGCUACUUCGUGGAUGCAAGCUUCUCCAAAUCAUCAUCCGUGAACCUGAAAUUUCGUCGGUGGAGUUUCUUGUAAGGUCGGAGUAUGUCGAUAUCCGAGUAAGAGACGCUGCUCAUAUGACGGUCUUACACUACGCGGCUAUGAAGAAUUACAAGAAACUAAUUUGGUUUCUAACGAGGAAUUUGCAGCACAAAGAAUUGUUGAAUGCGCCAGAGAACCGACAAAGUGAUACCCCCUCAAUAAUUGCUGCCCGAUAUCAGAACGAGGAAUCUUUGCAACUCUUGUUGGACGCAGGAGCAGAUGUCAACGUGCCAAAUGCCUGUGGUGAAAGCGUCCUUUUCUGGGCAAUCAAGCGCCAAAAGCCAAAUCUAGCACGCGUGCUGCUGAAAAGAGGAGCAGACCCACACCAGCUUGUUCGACAUGGCCUCACCCCACUAAUUUUGGCCAUCAUGAGCGGUCAGCUCGAUCUUAUUACAGCAUUGCUAGAACACGGAUGUGACGUAGAGCAACCUGAUGGCCAAGGCCAUCGGCCUCUCGCCUGGGCCGUUGUUUCGGAUGAUAUUGCAACUGCAAACCUCCUGAUCUCAUAUAACAAAAGGGCCACUUUUCAUUCAAUUGGAAAUGAAGAAGAGCGCUCACCGCUCGUCUGGGCUGUGAUGAUGGGCAACGUGGAUAUGGUCCGGUUACUGCUUAGCAACGGCGCUGAAAUUGAUCAGACAAAACCGGACCGCCGGGCGCCUCUCAUCUGGGCGGUCAUUCAUCGCAAUAUUUCCAUGGCUACUGUGCUUCUUCGGAAUGGAGCGCGCGCGAGCGAAGCCGAUGGUAAUGGCCAAACAGCUCUAAUGUGGGCCAUGUUGAAUAGUGACAGGGAAAUGGUACAACUUCUUCUCGAGCAUGGGGCUGAUGUGGAAGAAAUUAAAUGUAUUGGAAGAUAG